AUGGAGUACAAGAGUCAGUACGAGCACUCAACACCCCAGUACCAGCAGUCAACACCCCAGUACCAGCAGUCAACACCCCAGUACCAGCAGUCAACACCCCCAGUACGAGCAGUCAACACCCCAUACCAGCAGUCAACACCCCAGUACCAGCAGUCAACACCCCCAGUACGAGCAGUCAACACCCCAGUACCAGCAGUCAACACCCCAGUACCAGCAGUCAACACCCCAGUACCAGCAGUCAACACCCCAGUACCAGCAGUCAACACCCCAGUACGAGCAGUCAACACCCCAGUACCAGCAGUCAACACCCCAGUACCAGCAGUCAACACCCCCAGUACCAGCAGUCAACACCCCAGUACCAGCAGUCAACACCCCCAGUACGAGCAGUCAACACCCCAGUACCAGCAGUCAACACCCCAGUACCAGCAGUCAACACCCCAGUACCAGCAGUCAACACCCCAGUACGAGCAGUCAACACCCCAGUACGAGCAGUCAACACCCCAGUACCAGCAGUCAACACCCCAGUACCAGCAGUCAACACCCCAGUACGAGCAGUCAACACCCCAGUACCAGCAGUCAACACCCCAGUACCAGCAGUCAACACCCCAGUACCAGCAGUCAACACCCCAGUACCAGCAGUCAACACCCCAGUACCGGCAGUCAACACCCCAGUACGAGCAGUCAACACCCCAGUACCAGCAGUCAACACCCCAGUACGAGCAGUCAUCACCCCAGUACGAGCAGUCAACACCCCAGUACGAGCAGUCAACACCCCAGUACGAGCAGUCAACACCCCAGUACGAGCAGUCAACACCCCAGUACGAGCAGUCAACACCCCAGUACCAGCAGUCAACACCCCAGUACCAGCAGUCAUCACCCCAGUACGAGCAGUCAACACCCCAGUACGAGCAGUCAACACCCCAGUACCAGCAGUCAACACCCCAGUACCGGCAGCCUCAUGAGUUCAACUCAGGAAAGUGUAUGGUACAAGUAUAUGCAGGUGUGUGA